CGCAGAGAGUAACCUAGACCGUAUCUCUACACGGUGAUCGUCAAGCAAACCUCGAACUCGAUUUUCUGGUGAUGGAUGAGCAAUGCCAUUGGUGAACAAAGCUAGAGCUCGAAUGAGGAUGAGGAUGCAGUCGGGAUCAGCAAUGUCAUUGGUUAGUGGUGCUCUAAUUCAACUGCGGUCAGUAUGGCUCGCGUUCGAUUGUGGAUCGAGAAACUCACAAUCUGCCAACGGAGCGGUAUUGUGUUCGGUCAGUGAGGGCGACGUAGAAUCAAUACACCCACAUCCUAAGAAUAAAUCAGCGAUCGCAUCGGUAAGGAAGGCAGGAGGUCGACAAAUGAUGAUCACACUCACAAGCUGUCAAUGAAUAGACAAUAUCUUCGGUCAGUAGCUGAAAGUCGGUGCAGGAUUAAUAUACUGACCUCAGACUAUCAACGAAUCAGCAGCGAUGGCUUGACUUAGGAAGGCUACGCUUGAUAGAGGAUCAAACACUCAC